GACAGCGCAGGCCCAGGCAACAUUCCCCUGGAUAUUUAGACCUGGUCGAUCGUCUCAAGUGAUACUGAGUUGCACUUGCAAAGUUCCUCUAGCAGCCAUGUCAGGACAAGGCUUAACCUUCGACGUAUGGAGUGAAAUUGUCCAGUACGUCGGCAAAGACGACCUGCUCAACCUCUGCCUGGUUUCGUGGAUAUCAAAAGCCGCCGCAGCCCGAGUCCUGUACCGAUCGAUCACCCUGCUGGAACUCUUUCCGUAUAAUCUCAAGCUGGAUGAAGCGCCCAUAGACCAAAGCCAGCUCUCCCAGUCGGAGCAACGCGGCCACUGGCACCUACUAUCGCGGCUUAGAAGCGAGGCAAACCAAAGCCUCAGGAACCUAGUCCAGGAAGUAACUGUUGUCCGACCAUCCAAUGAAGCCAUACAGCUCGACAAAACAUUCCUAGAUCAGCUGCAAAAAGACAACACCUUCUCAAAGCUACUUAUCUCCCUUCCCAACCUGCGCCGCGUCACCAUCGGCAUCCCAGAACUGCAAACAGACCAUGUAAUCCGCACGCUCUGCGCCCACAGCAGAAAGCCAGAGGUCUUCCUGAAGCUGAACGGAUACGACGAGCGCCUGAACACCGACAAUCCACUCCCCUGCAUCUCCAGCCUAGAAAUCGCAGGCGAUCCCCGGUCCUACCGAGAGGCAAACGGCCUGCUCAAGUUCCAGCAGCUAGUCUUCAACUGCCCGAAUCUUCGCUCGUUGAGCAUCAGUGUGCUUGAUAAGUACGAUGGCCGCAUGAGACGUGUCCGCCGGGCUGGUAUGUACUUGACAUUCGACCUUAAGGGCGAGGAGCGAUUCCCACCGCUGGAAGAACUGGCGCUGAACGGGUACGAGAUGAAAGAUGAAGAAGUAGCGCACUGGCAACGGAAUGUUCAGUGGGAUAAGCUGUCUAGUCUCGCAGUUGGACCGAAGCCCUGCUGGUCUGUACUCCCUGGUUUCGCGGGGUAUGCCACGUCUCUCAAGACACUGAAGGUCUUCAUGUAUUAUGGGGUCAUCGGUGGGGAGGAGGCUCGAAUGGGACUAGAGAGUCUUCUUAGAUCUUUCGAUGGCCUGGAAGUCCUGGAUGUGAAGGGUUUUAUCUGCAGUGUGUCGGCUGUUGGGCAGCACAGGAAUCUGUCUACGCUUUGCUUGCAUGAAGACGAGCCCGACCAUGAUGAAGAGGCCGACUAUGAUGACGAAGACGAAACGAGGACCGUGCUUACCCCGGCUGAUAUCUUCUAUCUUGACGAGCAUUGUCCGAAGCUGAAUUCAUUGGGUCUCGAUAUCCAAAAGAAAGAAGGGGCAGUGGAUGACAAGGCUAUUCAGGCUAUAACAACAGGGUUUAGAAAUCUGAGAUAUCUCUCGAUUCACUUUGAGAUGGGACUCAAAUAUUUGCGGCCCAUUAUGCCGGUGAUCAACGCAGAGACAGCACAGAGUAUAGGACAGAAUAUAUUCGACCGCCGGAGACAGAUUGGCGCUUCUCUGUCUGCUGUGACAAUCUGGACCGGGAGCUUGUACCGUAGGCGCCCGUACCGUAGUCGAUCAGACUGGAACCCAAAGUAUGUCAAAUUCGAAAGUCGGUUUACAGGCAGCUGUACCAUGGUGGGCUCGGGGCUUAUGGAGAGCCUGGAGGGGAUGGAUCCGGGCCAACUGUCUGAGGACGAGGAUGAAGAUGAAGAUGAUUCAGACAGCUCCUAGUAUUUCUUUGUUUGUCUGCUAAUUUAGUGGAAUCCUGCUAUUGGGCGCUUUGGCCGACCUCUCCUCCAAGUCUCUUAUCAUCCAACGGCCUGGAGAGAUAAAGGCGCGCCCUAACUUGACUAGCUUAUCGAGACAUUAUACGAGCAAUACAGUGUCUCCAUUG